CUUUUUUUCACACAUACCUUUUACACUUGUCAAGUUUUUGAUUUUUGCAUCUUUAAAGCUCUCACCAACUUCUCUGCCUCCACACCACAUAUGAAGAGAAGGGCCAAUUCCUAGCAAACACAUCAAUUCCAAUAUGGGCAACAUAAUUUUGAUGGGGGAUUCCUUUCUCUUUAUCUCUUUCUUCAUUUUCAUGAGCAUAGGACUCACUGAGGCUCAAAAGGCUCCAGCUGUUUACGUGUUUGGAGACUCACUUGUUGAUGUCGGCAACAACAAUUACUUGAGUCUUUCCCUCGAAAGGGCGACUCUUCCUCACUAUGGCAUUGAUUUUCCAACUAAGAAACCGAAUGGGAGAUUUAGCAAUGGCAAGAAUGCUGCAGAUUUAAUAGCUGAAAAAUUGGGCCUACCCACUUCACCACCUUAUCUCUCCUUAGUAUCUAAGAUCAACAAGAAGAAGAACGUAACCUUCUUGGGUGGUGUUAACUUUGCAUCAGGAGGUGCUGGUAUAUUUAAUGGCUUGGAUGUAAAGCAGACAAUACCAUUGACAAAGCAAGUGGACUACUAUUCCCAAGUGCAUCAACAACUUACACAACAAAUAGGAGCAUCUAAUCUUCAGAAUCAUCUCUCAAAAUCCAUCUUCUUUGUUGUAAUUGGCAGCAAUGAUAUCUUUGGUUACUUGGCCUCAAAGGAUCUUCAAAAGAAAAGCACCCCACAACAGUAUGCAGAUUCCAUGAUUUCCUCAUUGAAAGUGCAAUUACAGAGAUUAUACAACAAUGGUGCAAAGAAAUUUGAAAUUACUGGUGUUGGUGCAAUUGGAUGUUGCCCCUCAUUCAGGCUCAAGAACAAAACAGAAUGCGCUUCAGAAGCCAAUUACUUGCCAUUAAAAUAUAAUGAAGGCCUUAAAUCCAUGUUAAAGGAAUGGCAAUUGGACAACAAGGAUAUAAGUUACUCAUACUUUGAUACUUAUGCAUCUGUUCAAGAACUCAUUCAGAAUCCAACUUCUUAUGGAUUUGUGGAUGUGAAAUCUGCAUGUUGUGGAAUUGGUGAGCUGAAUGCCCAAUUUCCAUGUCUACCAAUUUCGAAAAUGUGUUCAAACAGAGAAGACCAUAUUUUCUGGGAUCCAUACCAUCCUACAGAGGCAGCUACUCGCAUCUUUGUGAAUGAAAUUUUCAAUGGAACUCCAAAAUACAUUGCUCCUAUUAAUAUGGAACAGCUGCUAGCUAUCUGAAUUGGCAAAUCAGUUGGUUACUCCUUUGUAAUCACUUUUUCUUUUUGUAGGGUUACUUGUUGUCAAAGAACAAUAGAAUAAAAGAAACAAAAAUAUUGGCUAAAUCAUGCAAAGUGAUAAAGAAUGUCGCAUGGCCGGAAAAAUCAGCUUAAACAUGUUAUUUUAACCUAAAAAAUAAAAAAUUUUGUUAACUUCCACUCUUUAAAAUUGAGUUUAAGUAUAUACAAAUAAAAAUUUAAAAAAAAAAAUACACAAUUAUUAUAUUAAAAUUAUAAAAAUAUAUUUUAAUCAAAUUUUAUUAUUAUUAACUGUUUAUUCUCGAUCAUAAAAAUUGAUGUUAACAAAAU